UCAUUGGUUGAAAUUUACGAUUUUAUGUCGACGUAAAACGAGCAAAAUCGCUUCCCUGCCCGUCCGAGAAUGUGACCACAAAUUUUCGCGCCCAUCCGUUCCAGUCGUUCCACCGCCUCCGGUACUGACGCCACUUUCCCUAGAACGCCUCCAAAACGGACUGAGUCCAUCUUGAAAUUGUAGAAACGAACUCCCCCUCCCCCCGUGAGUGAAGUGUAUUGCGGGAGAAAUGAAGACGUUAAUUAUCGCGGUUUUAGUUAUGUGAAUUGAAUGCCGAGUUUGAGAGGUAAAUUGGCGUCUGUUGGAGGAGAUUUACAAAUUUGUGGGGACAUGUUUGCCGCUAGAAUUCCAGGGAAAAUUGAGGACCCGCCAGAGAGCGACAUCGCCAAUGGAUCCACCAAACUCGAAGAAACAGCCAUGGCUUGCGAUUCUCUAAUGCGUGAGGAUUCCUUCGAUUAUGGUCCCGAUGAAGCCGUCGAAAAGCGAGAUUCAAUUAUAUCAAUUCACUCGACAGACUCGUCCUUCACCUCCCCGCAGAAGGCCAGAAAAAAUAAUUCAGGACAGUCCGAGCCAAUCUACAUAGACGACUCCCUGGAGGAUCGUCCCCUGGAGGGCUCCUCAAAAAUCGACAGUGAAAAGGAGAACUGCACCCCUCCAAUGGAGCCCUCAAAGCCUAAACCAAAUGAUGUCUCGAUCUCCGACGAGACCCAGACCCCUCAAGACUCUAAUAAAUUCACUCCAAAGAAGCCCUCCCUAAAGCUCAAGUCCCUCUCCCUAAAGUUAAACUCCGCCAAGAAAGACGUGAAGACAGAAUAUCCCAUUAUUAGACCGCAACCAAGGCAAGUGCGACCCAGAUUCCUCGAGGACUCCUCAGACGAAGAGGACAUCCCAACUUCAAAGAAGUCCCCACCCAAGAAGAGCCCCACCGACUCCCCCAGGCAGUUAACCCCCAAGAAGCCCCAGCCUCGACCCCACGAGUCAUCACCAAGGAGUCCCCGUUGGAAAGGUCCAGACCCCAAGGUGAACCUGACGCCCCUGGGACUGGACCAGAAGCUGACCCCCUGGAUCGCCUCCGUAAAGAAGAACCCAGCCAUGACAUCCACCCCCACCGAGGCUUCCCACCUCCAGGACCAGAAGACCAGUCUCCAAGGCCUCGAAAUCGAGAUCCUGGACAAGUUCUACACAGCCAUGGAGAAGAUCCCCACGCAGGUGCUGGAGAAAUUUCCUCAGUUCGACGCAAAAGUCUUCAGCGAACUGAGAAUCCUCCGACAGCACGUGAAAGCGAAGUCUCGUCGUGUCAGCAAGCAGCUGGAGUCAGUCGACCUGAAUACAAAGGGCAAGACACCAUUGAACGACAGCAGUCAGGAUAUCGAGGCUUCCCCGAUGAAGCCUAAAGCCCAAAAACCAGUAUUGGAAGACGAUUUCCCCACCGAGGAUGAGCUCGAGCCAUCCCCCAUAAAGCGACCACUAGCCUUAUCCAGAUUCGAGAACCCAAAGUUGAGUGAUACCAAGACGAUGAGGAGGAACACAGCAGUUGUUGCUCAGAGCUCAGUCGACGACUACCCGAGUGACGAUGACAUGUCCUCGUACUUUCCUUCGACAUCAUCAGAGAAUCGUGAGGCCUGCAAGCUGAAGGACACGAGGGUCAACGGUUUCGUGGUGAAAGCAGAGAGCAAGAGGGCAUCUCCAUUGACCCCAGUGUCUCCAAGAUUCGAGCCAGAGAGCGACGGGACCCUGACCCCAGAGGGCACCUCCAGAAGGCCAGGGCUUGAUUCCCCAUCACCAUCACCAGCGCCAGUGAAGAAGAGCGGCUUCCAGGUGAAGCGACCAGUGAAAGCCCAGAUGGCGCCCCAGACGAAGCAGCAACUGGAGGCCCUCUGGGAGAAGCGUCAGCCCUUGAAGACCCCCGAGUCCCCCCAGACGGCUCCCAGCCCGAGGAAACCGGAGAGGAAGUUCUCCACUCCAGCCCCCAGAGAGGAGACUCCAGUCAAAAAACCAACAAUCGACAUCGACGAGGAGAUUCGCGCCUACGAGAUGAUGAAGCACAUGUCUGUGGAUCUUGCUGACGUCAGCACCAGCUUUCAGUACCCAGGGGAUUCCCCAGAGCUGCCCGAAGUCAAGUCUAAGCCAGAGCGAUUGAACUCCGAGCAAGUGGAGAGGUUUCCCUCCGUGGCGUUUGCCUACGAGGACAAGAACCCUCCGAAGAGCUCUCAAAUCUCCACCGCCUCGUCUUCAAGGUCCGAUACAAGCAAGAGAUCUGCAAAAGAUAUCUUCGAAAUGGGGGAUUUUAUGGGGCAGGUCCAUAACGACGGAGUGACGGGGGACUUCGACGGCCUCGCCUACUCCCACUCCCCGGAAAUGCUCAAGAUAUUCAGAAAGACCUUUGGACUCUUCGACUUCAGGCCGAAUCAGCUGCAAGCCAUAAACGCCGCCAUGUUGAAUCACGAUUGCUUCAUCCUCAUGCCGACAGGUGGCGGCAAGUCUCUCUGUUACCAACUGCCGGCACUUCUCACAAGGGGAAUCACAAUAGUGAUUUCCCCCCUGAAGAGUCUGAUAAACGAUCAGGUGCAGAAACUCGUGUCGCUGGACGUGCCAGCCGCCCACAUGCUAGGGGGCGCCUCUGAGAAACACAUGAACGGGGUUUACAGGGAGCUAGCUCUGGAAAAUCCCAGUCUCAAGUUGCUUUACGUAACGCCGGAGAAAAUCGCUGCCUCCGAGAAAUUCAUGUCAAUUCUCACUCGUCUCUAUCAAUUGAAGCUGCUCUCUAGAUUCGUCAUUGACGAGGCGCACUGUGUGAGCCAGUGGGGCCACGACUUCCGUCCCGAUUACAAAAAGCUCAAGGUCCUGAGAAACAAGUACCCCCAGGUGCCGGUGAUGGCGCUGACCGCGACGGCGACACCUCGCGUCAGAACUGACAUUCUCCAUCAACUGGGAAUGACCAAUCCCAAGUGGUUUCUCUCAAGCUUCAACCGACCUAACCUGAAGUACACGAUUGCCGAGAAAAAGGGAAAAGAGGGAAUCCCAAAGAUCAUAGCGCUGAUUAAGGAGAAGUACAAGAACGAGUGCGGCAUUGUGUACUGUCUGUCUAAGAAAGAGUGCGAUGAUUACGCUGACCAGAUGAGAAUGAACGGAAUCAAAGCGAUGAGCUAUCACGCGGGUCUGGGGGAUAACAAGAGGUCGGAGGUGCAGGGGAGGUGGAUUGCCGAGGAGAUCAAGGUCGUUUGCGCCACUAUAGCCUUCGGCAUGGGGAUCGACAAGCCGAAUGUUCGUUUUGUCAUUCAUGCUGUCAUACCAAAGUCCAUAGAAGGGUAUUAUCAGGAGAGUGGACGAGCUGGUCGUGACCUCGAGAGCUCGGACUGCAUCCUCUUCUAUAGCUACGCAGACGUCCACAGACUCCGGAAGAUGAUGCAGCUGGAUCGGCCACCGGCGGACGUCUACGAGACCCACAUGGAGAAUCUUUACAAGAUGGUGGCGUUCUGCGAGAACAAGACGGACUGUCGGAGAUCGCUGCAGUUGAAUUACUUCGGGGAGAAGUUCGAUCGGUCCAAGUGUGGGGCUGUCAGGGGGGCCAUCUGCGACAACUGCAGGAACACCGACACCUUUACAGAAAUCGACGUCACUGAGGACGUGAAGGCCAUCAUCACGGCUGUCCGAGACAUCUCGAAGACCCGGGGGAACAUCACAGCUAUUCAACUGGGGGAUGUGUUCAAGGGGGCUGAUCUCAAGAAGAUCAGGGACUCGGGGACUAACAAACUUGCGCUCUACGGGAGGGGGAAGUCCUGGAACAAGAGCGAUGUUGAGAGGUUGAUUCAUAAAUUGGUGGUUGAUGGGCUUUUGGAGGAGGAGAUGGUCAUCAAGAACGAUAUGACGGCGGCUUAUCUCAGACUUACGAAGCACUCGGGGGAGUUCAUGAGGUCGAACGACAAGAUCAUGUUCCCCAUGAGGCAGUCGACUAAAGCUCAGUUGACGGUUACUGUGAGUAGCUCUACGAAACCGGGGAAUACGGAUAUGAAGAAUCUGCAGGACGAGUGUUUUGCCGCCCUCAUGAGGGAUAUCAAGGGGUAUGCGGGGGCCAUAGAGGUGUCGGCUACCUCGGUGAUGAACCCCAUUGCCGUCAGGGCCAUGAGCCAACAGAUGCCGACAACCAAGGAAGCUAUGCUGCAGAUCCCUCACGUGACGGAGUCCAAUUUCGAGAAGAUUGGGAAAGCGUUGCUGCAUAUUCUGAAGGAUUUUGCGGAGAAGAAGGCGGUGCUGGAGGCUAUCGAAGCUGCGCAGGAGGAGGAGGUCAAUGACGAGAGCGAUUUUGAGGACGGCUGGUCAGCGGCGACUAGCUCGACUGCUGGGUCCGGUGGAGGUAGGAAAAGAAAGAGUUUUGGGGCCAAGGGGAAUGCUGCUAAAAGGUACAAACGUAAUACUUCUGGUUCAGGCAGGGGGCGGUACUCGGGGAAGAGAGGGGGGAGGGCGGCCAGGGGAAAGGCGCAGCCGAAGGGACCGGGACUCGUUGAUUUCACGCAGAAUAAACAGUACCUCGCGGAUCCAUUGCGGUAUGGGUCGAUUUGAAUUCUGGAUCGUCGGAGCUCACAAUUCUUUUUUCGUUCGUUAUUUGUUUGGGAGAGUCAGUUGAAUAAAGAUAAUUUUGCAAGUUUGGCGAAGACCAAGAGUUGAUGUGUACAAUAGUAGAUGGGGAUUGUUCGAUUAUAUUUUAAGACUCAAUGUUUUAUAUUUUUCUACUUAAUGAAUAAAGAUAUGUCAUAGUGAGAGGAUCAGUGGUAUUUGUUGACUCUGGUUUAUUUAGUUGUCGUCUUAUGAGAUAGUGGGGCUCGAGGUGUGAUGUGUAAGAUGAAAGCGAUUUUGGGGUGUCUGUCGAUUUGAAUUCAGGAUCGUCGGAGCUCUCAAUUUUUUUUCGUUCGUUAUUUGUUUGGAAGAGUCAGUUGAAUAAAGAUAAUUUUGCAAGUUUGGCGAAGACCAAGAGUUGAUGUGUACAAUAGUAGAUGGGGAUUGUUCGAUUAUAUUUUAAGACUCAAUGUUUUAUAUUUUUCUACUUAAUGAAUAAAGAUAUGUCAUAGUGAGAGGA